UCGGCUAACGUAGUGAAUAAAAUUACAGAAAUGUUACCGAAUAUUAUUUUCAUGUUAAUUGGCAUACAAAGUGUUGCACAUUCUUCGCGAAUUCUUGGAAUAUUUCACGAGCCAUCCUUUAGUCAUCAGAUUCUAGGUAGGAAAUUAUUAUUCGAGCUUGCUACAAGAGGUCAUAAUGUUACCAUGUUGACACCCGUUUUGCCCAAACACGAAGUGCCAAACUUUACGGCCAUGCAAUUGGACUUAAAAGGACAAGGAACUAGCGCGGCGGGCGGGAACUUGUUUAAAUUCUUUGAUGCUAAAAUGUGGAGUACUAUGGUUAACAUGGACGAAGUGGGAUUAUUAUGGACGGAAACUGUUUUAAAAGAAAAGAACUUGCAACGUCUAUUGCAAUCGAAUCAGCAAUUUGAUAUCGUUAUAAUGGAACAAUUGGGAAAUCACGCUCUGAAAGGAAUCUGUUACUAUUACAAUGCGAUUUGCGUGGUUUUGAGUACGAUGGGCCCUACUUGGCUUACCAAUGAGCAAAUGAGGAACCCUAGUAACCCAUCAUUCAUGCCAGAUAUGCUUACGAACUAUCCUCCAAAAAUGACCUUCUUUCAGAGAUUUUACAACGCGUUCGUUCAGUUGGUUCAACAAGUAUACUUCUACACUUAUACUGUCAACAGGCACAAUGACCUAUUGCAAAAAUAUUUUCCUGGGUCCCCACACAUGCGAGAAAUCCUCUACAACGUUUCUUUGGUGUUACUAAAUUCGCAUUACAGCACCUCAAAUCCUGCUGCAAAUCUUCCUAACGUCGUCGAAAUCGGAGGAUUUCAUAUCGACCCUCCUAAGCAACUUCCUAGCGCGAUUGAACUGUUUUUGGAUGAAGCCCAGCAAGGCGCCAUUUACUUCAGCAUGGGCUCGAACUUACAAGUCCAACACAUGGACAAAGUAAAGUUGGAAGCAAUUGUUAAACGUUUGGGUCAACUACCACAGAAGGUCUUGUGGAAACUAGACAGUACCGUGACGCCACCUGGCCUACCCUCUAACAUUAUGUUGGUAAAAUGGGCACCCCAAUUAGAUGUUUUAGCACACCCGAACGUUCGUCUGUUUAUCACUCAUUGUGGACUGCUGAGUAUAACAGAGGCAGUGUGGUUUGGAGUACCGGUUUUGGGAAUUUCGGUAUUUGCGGAUCAAGGUUACAAUGCCGCAUUUGCCGAUGCUUCCGGAUUUGGAGUCGCCGUCCCUUACAAUAUACUCACUGAGGAAAAUUUUGGCCGAGCUAUAAAUGCGUUGCUUAAUAACUCCACGUACAUGGAUAAUGCCAAGAAAAGAUCCAAAAUGCUUCACGACCAACCAAUGACGCCUAUGGAAAAAGCCACCUUUUGGAUCGAAUAUGUUAUCCGCCACAAGGGUGCGCCACAUCUGCGUAGUGCUGCGCUUUCUUUGUCAUGGAUUCAAUAUUUACUGCUCGAUGUAUUCUUUAGCGCUUUAUUAUUUAUUAUUAUAAUUGCAUGUAUUGUGCGGAAGAUCUGCAGCUCGUUUUGUUGUAGAAGCGUUAAGCGACUAAAUGAUCAGAAACAAAAAGUGCAAUAGUUAAUAGUCUGACGUUAGCGCUUUUAAUUUGCGUUUACCUAUCGAAAUGUGUUAUUAUUUAUUUUAUUUACUUUGCUUGUUUUAUAUUUUUAAUAUUGAGUGUUGAGUUUGAUUUAUUACCACUUUAUCAACUUUAUGGUAAAAUAGAACUGGUAAUAACGUAAAUUUUGUUAUAAUUGUAUUGAUGUGAUUAAAAUGAUGUUGUAAGCUAACAUUUUUAAUGUACCUAACUAUUAGUGGCAGAUUUUU